AUGGAUGAUCAUCUUCCUGAUCUUCCCUCCGGAGACACAUCGCGUGGGAUUUGGUAUAAUUUUACAACCUGGACAGCACAACAGCUCAAAUAUACCGUCAAUGUGACUAAAUACGCGCCAUCGUUGGAAGAUCUUGUCUGGGCAGGCCCGCGCAUUGUGAGACGGCUCGGAUCGAUCAUCUUCCUUCCCGACGCUAUUGAAGGACCACAUGUCUCCGGCCCGGCCCUCUCAGAUUCUCUUCAGAAUGCGUACAUGAUGGCAUCGGAUUCCGCUCCGAAUACAGUCGGCAUCAACAGACAUGCUUCGGGAUCGAGCGCCAAUCCGUUACCCGGACCACUCCACAGCCCUGUCGAUGGAACAAGGGGGUUUGGCAGCGUAUUCAGCUAUGCGACCAGUAAAUGGGCCCUCUGCUGCAUUGCGAUGGCUAUUAUCUUGAACCGGGCUUACAUCUUCGCGGCUACCCGACGGAGGCUAGUACUACCCUGGCAUAUACGUGUUCUUAUACGUGGCGCUCCGAUCGUUCUCCUCGGCCUGCAGGCGAGACAUUUGCUUCAGUCUAUCCAAUGUCAAACUUCUCCCGAAUUUCCCUCUAUGCGCUGGGGGGACACAAGUAAGCACUCAGAGCUUAUGUUCCCCCAGACCAAUACGUUUCUUCAUGGCCUCAGUUCCACUCUACUCCUUAACCCGACGGAUCGCGAAUCUUGCGUCUCAAUCCAUAUGAUCCCACAAAAUACCGACCCCAGCCGUGACGUUCGGGAGCUCAAGGGAUCUCUUUCCCUCCUCUGGCCCUUGUUUGGUACAUUUUGCCUAAGCCAGCUCCUAGAAACUAUCGUGUGCGCCGUUGAGGGACGGACGCUCUCCGCAGAAACGGGCAUGACUCUGUUCGAGCACUCCCUUGCCUUUGCGGAAGCUGAUGCAGCAAUCAGCAACCAACUCGGCUGGGGUGUAUUCAACUCCCACAGUAGUGUGGGCACCUCGGCAACUUCCCUCAACUAUACCAUGGCCGUUAGUCGUUCUAUGAUUCUUCAGAGAGUUAACACUUCCCCCGAGGUACUUCUUGUGGCAUUCUUGUCCUCAAUGGCCCAUAUAACGAGCCAUCUAUUGGGCACGUUCAAUCUUCAGGCCAAGUUUCGUCUCUUGAGCACUACACUUUGGGGUCUUUCCUUCAUGGGUAGUAUUAUGUGGAGCGUUGCCACAUUCUCCAUAGACUCUCUCGACAGACAGAGUUUGCUGCGGUUUCCGACCGUGUGUAUCAUCGGCUUCAUCCCCCACGUUCUUGUCUUAUCAGGCAUUGUUGUCUGUUUGUCCAUCUACGGGUUUGCGCUUUUGCUAUCCGCAAUAGCCCCUCCCCAGGGAAUUGAUUUCAGGAAUCUAAAUUUCCGUCAGCGACUUGCCCAGGCACAAGGAAAUCUUCAAGCCAAUAUAUCCCUCUCCGAUCUCCGGAUUAGCCGCGAAAUGGACUUUUACACCGCAUUACUCAGGACUGGAUUUGGAGCGAUCACGCUUGCAAGCGAGGCCGUUUACUUAAAUGAAGACUCAGCCGUCAACACUCCACGCCAUACCUGGCUUGAGGAACAACGGUCUCGGGAAUUGGAGGAAUUCCACGCUAGACUGUCGGGGACUGCAGACGUGACCUUCAGCAGUCGUAAAUCGCCAGCGGAAUCCGGUGCCGCACAGCGUUUAGCUCGUGUGGGGGCAUUUAACGGGUAUUCCCGUGAGAAAACUACGCAAGCAAACAACAAAGAAAGGGCCAGUCUGGAUAGACAGUCAGGAAAUGGCGUGGGCGCCGCUGCAAGGAGCGGUAGGUGGUUGGUAGCAUUGGAUUACAUGCUCAACAUUUACCGCGUUGUGAUGAAAACGUGGGCACUCAUGUUUCUCAAGAUCCUUGAGAAGCUAGGGAUAAGAUCGCAACCACCAUGGCUACUCUGGCUGUUCCGAGGGGGCAAAUCAUCGACUGGGAGACAACUCGCACGGCCCGAAUUAAACCCUCCACCGUCGGUAAACGCUCCGCAAACUCUUGACGGCAUCUGGAUCCCUCGAGGUGACCAUGUCGAUGUAGAGGCAGAAGUGAGAAAACGCGUGCAAGCCACGGCCCGGGGUGAUAGAAGCUUUAGUGAGGAGGAGCUUGACGCCCGCCUCUAUUCCUGGUGGCUGCACGGUGGCACCUGGGGUUCGGUGGACCGCAGUGGGGAUUACGCUGCCAGCGAAAGUGAGAGUAUCACGGACAACACAAGCGUGAUUUCUAGAAGUCGAUCUGAUCAGGAUGAUGAAGAAUGGGGUGAAGAGUACGACCAAAAUACCCUACUCCAGUUAGGAUCUCCCUCAGAUCGAGAGACAAGCCCCGCUGUUGACAGCCCAAUUCAGCUAUCGGAUCUCGCACGUCUUCUACACCCGAAGACACUCGAGGACCAGGAAGAAGCAGAUGCGUUAUCCGCUCACCUCGCCAGCGAUGAAAUACUGACAAGAUCGCGGAGUCUAGGCUCCUGGAACGGAUUUUGCUCUCGAGACGACAACAAACGCGACAAUCGGAAUCGUUACCAGAUCGCCAGUCUCAAUCGUGGGCGACUGGUGCUUCCGGGAUGGGCGCAGAGGGUCCUCAGUGCGUCGUCUGUCAGAGCACCCCAAGAACUAUCAUUAUUUGGCCUUGUCGCUGCCUCAGUUUAUGCGACGACUGUCGAGUCGCUCUGGCAAUGA